AUGAAGAUCACCGGGUGGAUCUUUGGCACGGCUCUGGCCCUAAAUGAGCUUGGAGUCUGUUGCGUCACCCCCCCCCGCUCUUCUUCUGCAAGGUCCCGCUGUGGCACUCUCCUCAAAAGUUUGUCGUCCUCUUCGCUCGUCCCCGUGCUAACCCCGGAUCGUGGAGCAGGUGCCGUUGCCGCGCCUAGUGCGGUAGACCCUGAGGAAUUCUCUCUGGCCCUCAUCGGACGAGCUCUGCCAAAUGCUCCCGAUGGAUAUGUUCCGGCGAAUGUGAGCUGCCCAGCGGUGCGCCCGUCGAUCCGCAGCGCGGCCAAGCUGUCGCCCAACGAGACGUCAUGGCUCCAGACACGUCACAAGAAGACACUGUCUGCCAUGAAGGACUUCUUUGGUCAUGUCAAGGUCGGUGACCUGGAUGUGAAUGCAUACCUCAACAAGCACGCCAACAACGCCUCAAACCUGCCAAACAUUGGAAUCGCCGUGUCGGGCGGUGGUUACCGUGCCUUGAUGAACGGGGCUGGUGCCAUCAAGGCGUUUGACAGUCGAUCCAACAAUGGCUCGACCAGUGGUCACCUGGGUGGCUUGCUGCAGUCAGCGACCUACCUCUCGGGCCUGAGCGGAGGAAGCUGGCUGUUGGGGUCCAUCUACAUCAACAACUUCACCACCAUCUCCUCGCUGCAGACGAACGAGAAAGGUGGAGUCUGGCAAUUUGACAACUCGAUCCUCGAGGGUCCUGAUACCGGUGGUAUCCAGCUCCUCGAUUCCGCCAGCUACUACAAGGACCUGGCCGAGGCGGUGCAGGGCAAGGCGGAUGCUGGAUACAACACCUCCAUCACCGACGUCUGGGGUCGUGCCUUGUCCUACCAGAUGUUUAACUCCAGCAAUGGCGGGAUCGAUUACACGUGGUCAUCCAUUGCCCUCGCUCAGGACUUUAUCGAUGGCAACUACCCCUUGCCCCUCGUUGUGGCCGACGGUCGCAGACCGGGUGAAAAGGUCAUUGCCAGCAACUCCACCGUGUUUGAAUUCAACCCCUGGGAGUUUGGCACUUGGGAUCCCACCAUCUUCGGCUUUGCUCCCCUGGAGUACAUUGGCUCCCCGUUCAACGGCGGUUCGAUUCCCAGCAGUGCCCCGUGUGUUCGUGGCUUCGACAACGCUGGGUUCAUCAUCGGUACCUCGUCGAGUCUGUUCAACCAGUUCAUUCUGCAACUCAACACGACAUCGCUACCCACCUUUGUGAAGAACAUCUUCGCCAACAUCCUGGGCAAGCUGGACAAGGCUGACAACGAUAUCGCUGUUUACGAACCCAAUCCCUUCUACCACUACAACAACAAGACUUCCCCCUAUGCCUCCCAACCUGAUCUCGAUCUCGUUGAUGGUGGUGAAGAUCUUCAGAACAUCCCCCUACACCCGUUGAUUCAGCCCGAGCGCCAUGUCGAUGUGAUCUUCGCGGUCGAUUCCUCCGCCGACACCGACCACAAUUGGCCAAACGGCACUGCGCUGGUCGCAACCUACGAGCGUAGCCUGAACGGCACUGGAAUCGGCAAUGGCACUGUCUUCCCCGCCGUCCCGGACCAAAACACCUUUGUCAACCUCGGCCUCAACACCCGACCUACCUUUUUUGGCUGCAACAGCUCCAAUAUGACCGGUCCCGCCCCCUUGGUCGUCUACAUUCCCAACUAUCCGUACUCAACCAUGUCCAAUGUGAGCACCUUCACUCUGUCGUACAACAACACCCAGCGCGACGAGAUCAUCCUGAACGGCUAUGAAGUCGCCACCAUGGCCAACAGCACGCGCGACAAGAACUGGUCCUCGUGUGUCGGCUGUGCGAUUCUCGCCCGCUCCUUUGAGCGAACAGGCACUGCGCUCCCCAGCAUCUGUACUCAGUGCUUCUCGGAUUACUGCUGGAAUGGUACCACCAACUCCACCAAUCCUAACGAGUAUGCCCCGAACAUGCUUCUCGCCGUUCAGGCGGCGGAAAACGGUGCCGCCGUGCUGCUGCCAACUCUCUUGUCCGUGGUGCUGGCGAGCAGCGUCGCUCUCUUCGGCUUGAUCUAA